AUGGCUACCAGAACUGCGUCUGUGAGCACGUAUGAGUUACAUGAACGGUUGAGUCUACACGUCGAUGUUGCUGGCACUGAUGACCAAACCGCUCUCGAUGUCGAUGACAACCCGGAGGAGGCCCCGGUGCAAGACCGGUUUCGGCCGGUCGAUGGUGGGCGAGAUGCUUGGGUUGUCCUGAUAGCGGCCUUUGUCUUCGAGGCCUUGUUUUGGGGUUUCCCAAUGUGCUUUGGCGUUUUUCAGAACUACUACAGCAAGCUUCCAGAAUUCCGCGAUGACAUUUCCAAGGUGCCCAUGGUUGGAACACUGGCACAGGGCCUGACAACGCUUGGUUGUCCCCUUUCUGCCUUUGUCGCAACGCGUUUCCCACGGUAUCGGAAGCCUCAGAUAUGCGUUGGGUGGUUCUUGACCAUUCUCGGCCUACUGACCGCCUCCUUCGCCUCGUCCGUCAACGCAUUGAUUGGCACGCAGGGCUUUCUAUACGGUUUCGGAUUUCUGACACUCGCGUUUCCCAUCUUCAGCAUGCUGAAUGAGUGGUGGGUCACUCGUAAAGGCAUGGCAUUCGGCCUCAUGUCUGCAGCGUCUGGCGCGACAGGCACCGUCAUGCCGUUCAUCAUGGAGGCUCUGCUUGCCAAGUACGGCCGUCACACGACACUGCGGGCCAGCUCCGUGGCCAUGACCAUCCUUACCGCGCCGCUGCUUCCGCUCUUCAAGGGUCGCAUGCCCAUGGCUAGCCACCCAAGCCUGCCGCGGACGGAUUGGACGUUUGUGAAAAGACCAAUGUUCUGGGUAUAUGCGUGCGCCGUGCUGGUCCAGGGACUCGGAUUCUUCUUUCCUGUCGUGUUCUUGCCGUCGUAUGCAUCAUCCCUGGGCCUGUCCCCAUUUGAGGGAGCGAUACUCUUGGCGCUGCUGUCGAUUGCGCAGGUUCUCGGACAGUUUGUGCUCGGCUUUCUGUCGGAUAAGAGCUUUUCCGCCAGCUCUUUAGCCACGUCGUGCUGCGUCGCGACGGCGGCGGUCUCCUUCACGGCGUGGGGGCUGGCCAAGUCCAUGCCCCCUCUGGCCGUGUUCGCGCUCAUCUACGGCUUCUUCGGCUUCGGCUUCGGUACUCUACGUGUCGCCAUGGGUCGGGCCCUGAGCAACGAGCCUAGCACGGUCUUUGUGAUGUUCGCCAUCUUCAUAUUUCUGCAGGGAGUUGGCAAUGUCCUGGUCGGGCCGCUGAGCGCUGCCUUGAUGACAGACGCGACGGCACCGGAGCGAUUCGGAGCUGGGAAAUAUGACCGCGUCGUCGUGUUUACAGGGCUGACUUCAACGCUUGCCGGGAUGAUUAUUGGGGCAUCGCAGGGGGUUCAAUGGUUGAGGAGCGUGCUGCGAGAGUAA